AGCUUGAAACUUGUGUAAAGACAAUGCAGGCCGCCAGGGAAGACUCUGCAUUUCAAGGAAAACAGCCAGCUAGACAUAAUGGUGGGAAACAAAUGCAUACAACGGAUGUUGAAGAAAGAGAACACCAGCUUCACGGACCGAACCGCGUGUGCGUGGAGUCACCCGGCUGCAAUAUCUGCUUCCUCAUCCCCAGUCUCAGGACAUCGGUAGCCGACUUGCCCAGAUUGCUAACCCCGCAGUCCUCCCCCCAAAACCUGCGCUUCAGAAUCCCGGAUCUCGUCUGGUUUCUUUUUUUCUUUUUUUAAAAUUGCGUCUCGGAGCCGACUCGAGCAUAUGACGCCCGUUUUCUUUCAUCAAAGCGAAGGUGUGACCCGCUAGUUCCCUCCACCUUAAAUCUGACCGCUAGGUCCGAGCUUAGCAUCAUCUGGAGUCGGAUGGACCGCGCCGCUCGCGCGCAGCAUCCUUUCAGACCCGCACUCGCCGCUGCACCGGAAUGCCAACUGACUAACGAGGAAGUGGCUUUAACAUGACGAGGGACGUUUUGCAUCUCCGCCGCUCAGGGCCGUCGGGCGCCGCACGGACACUGUUCAGACGCCAGGUGUAAUGACCGCCCCGAGCGCGCGCCAUGUACGCGGCUGGCCGUGUCUGCCUCCAGCCUCGCGGGUGACACUCACGCGGGUACCGGCGGUUGAACGCGAACAGCGGCGGCGCUGAUAGAAACGCCGUCGCCGGGUCAGUGCUGAGAGACUUGACGUAGCGGCUAACAGCACAAUAUAGUAACCAUAAGCCACACCAAUGGUAUCCCAUACGGUUUUAGUCGUAGUAAUCUUAUUAAAUGUAUAUAUCGGUGUACAGUCUGUUUUUUACUUAUUCGGCGGAGUCCUUUUAACCGCCGUGUUUGCUAUGGCAUUUUUAAACGAACCCAGGCUGCUGGACUGGACGAGCUCACCUCCACAUCUUCAAUUUAACAAGUACGUCCUCACGGGAUACCGGCCGAUCUCCUCCAUGCACGAAUGCAUCAGGAGCCUGUUUUACCUGCACAAUGAACUUGGGAACAUAUAUACUCACGGCAUCCCUUUGGUUUGCUUCCUGGUGCUGCUGCCUCUUAACAUCCCCUGGUCUCAGAUCAGCGUCACGUGGUUGGGCGUGGUGCAUUUCCUGGCGUGCCUGUCGCCCCAGCUGGGCUCUGUGCUCUACCAUCUCUUCAUGAACCACGAGGGAGGGGAGCCCGUCUACCACACCCUCCUCAAGCUCGACGUGUGCGGCAUCUGCAUGAUCAACACGUUGGGGGCGCUGCCCAUCGUCUACAGCACGCUGCUGUGCUACCCGUUCAUCCGCACUGUGGCCCUGUCGGUCUACAUCCUGCUGUCCAGCCACGCCAUCUACUGCGCCGUCACGGCUCGGAGCAGCGUUCGCCGGCUGCGAUCCUUCGCCUGGCAGGCGGUGUUCCGCUUCUCCUUCUUCCUGCUGCGCUGGGUGGGCGUCGGCGGCGGCAGCCCCACCUCGUUACGCCACUUCCUCACGAUGGACGCGCUGGCCGUGCUGGGCGGGAUCAUCAACAUCAUGCGCAUCCCGGAGCGCUUCAGCCCCGGCCUCUUUGACUACUGGUGCAACAGCCACCAGAUCAUGCACGUACUGGUGGUAGGCUCCAUCCUGUACCUGCACUGGGGCGUGCUGGACGACCUGCUGUGGAUCAACAGCUACAACUGUCCCUCAGACUGACCUUCCCCCUCCUGCAGCCCCCGACCCCUCAAAAGGAGCACUUUGCUGUGAGGUUAAAGGACCUUUGAGGGGAGGGGUGUGUUUACAGAGAGAAGGGGAGGGAGGGAACUGAUGCAGCAAGGGGAGACAAUAUGUGGUCCGUGCAUGUGUCCAAACUCAGAAGGUGCAUAUCUCCGUCCAUCUUGGUACUUUGUGCGAAUGCAGGCAAAAAGUAUGUCAAGUAACACGCACAAGCAUUUUGACUCUUUCAGUCUCCGUCAACAUGGACACGCACAGGUGUAUACGGACACACUAACACACGUACACAGCUAAAUGUAAAGGUUUUAAACACUAACAUGACUGAGUAUUGAACACUAAAACGUCUUAAGAAAAGGCUCUAACAGGUAAGUUUCAAGCCUUUACGUAAAAAUAGAAGUUUUACUUGAGCGUUAGUUGUGGUUGGUUAAGACAGUCUGUUGAUAUCACAUGCUCAAGAUCCUCAGAUGUCACUGUUGCUACCUAUGCAGCACAUCCAUAUCUCAACUCAUCACACACACACACACACACACAACGCACACUCAGACACCCUCACACCUAUAUUUUUAUACUACAUGUACAUACUGUCAGUGCGGCACAAAGCACUUAAUGAGUUUCAAAUGAGUUUUACUGGAACUAAUUGUUCUGUCUGCGUUUCCCCGUUUUGUGCCACGCCCUCUUUCUUUAUGUUCGUGUCAAACUGAUUAAUCCUCACUGUCACAAGACGACGAACAAAUUAAGAUGGGUGAGGGGGUUCAUUCCUGAGCGUGCGAGAACGUUUGAAAUGACUUGCUUUAGGUGGCUUGCACCACACAUUACAAUCUAUUGUGCAGCGUUAACUGUUUCGUUCUCACCUGAACCCAGUGACGUUGAAAUUCAGGCAUUUCUUUAACCAACUAAGGGAGAAAGUUGCUACUAUUUCGUUUUAUGGAAAAUGAGGUUGUAUAAUUUUGAAGUUAUCAACAAUAUUUGUUCUGUAGAAAACCAACAGGAACAGGCACACUGAAAUGCCACCACGUGUACAUUAGAGCGGGAUGCGCAUGUGGCAGCGAGAUCCACUGAAGGUUAAGUGGUUUCCACUUAACAAUUGACAACUUUUUAAUAUAUUUUACGUAUAAUUAUAAGUUCCUAAGCAAUUAGUCCCGGUUUAGACAAACUGCAGAUAGAAAGAUACCUGCUUAUUGGCACAAUAUGCACAAAACACUGUUAUGAAAUAUAUAUAAUAUUUAUUGUGUUUUAUUUAUUUGCUGAUACAGGUAAAUUUAUGUUUCUGUCAGCUGCUUAAACUGUUUACGUUGUUGCUGUGCAGGAUCACAGGCUGACAGAUCAAAUUAGAGGUCAGAGAAAAUCCCAAGGAUUAGCUCCUCAUAUUCUCCCCACACUCUUUUUCCUGGAAGUAAUAUUGUAGAAAAAGUCUGCCUCUAAGCAUUGCCAUUCCCACAACAUUCCCAAUAAUCAGCAAGAAAGAAAACACAUUGUUUUGUGACAUCAGAAACCUGUGCAGCCCUCUUAUAAAGAUGGUAUUUAUGUCUAAUGUUCUCUGUUUUUAAAGAUUGUUCGACGGUAUUUGGAUGUCUAUUUGUACAUUGGCUCUACAUGAUGAUGGUUUAUAAACAUCAGUCAUUACUGCCACAGAA